CUCAAGGGCUAUCUGAAAACAUUUCUCUUUACGGCAACAGGACUGUGACCCUACAGUCUCCAGACCGUUCCAUCCAAAACAGCAUUUUGUUUUCAGACUUCCUCGCGUUAUUAGAGCCUAUGUUAUGGCUUGGCUCGGCCUGAGUGUGAUUUUAGGAGAAUGGCUCGGCCCUGUUGGAGCUAGCCGUUUCACCGAGGAGGAUCUGCGCUGUCUGUGGGACGGUGGCUACGCUACAUUGGAGGACCUGGAGGCUGCGAGCUAUGUUGGACUUCGGGACGCCAAACUAAAACCCGCACGGGCAGACCAAAUUAUCCGUGCUCAAGCCUCGGCGGCGGGCCUUGGCGUGGGGAGUGCGGCUGGAGUUGGCGCAGCGGCUGGCGUGGGCACAACAAGAGCUGGUGAUGCAGGCGCGGCGGCUGGCCUGGGCGUGGGGAGCGUGGCAGGGGCCGGCUCGGCGGGUGUGGGGAGUGCAGCACAAGCUGGCUCUCUGCCUGCGGCUGCUGGCGCGGCGGCUGGCCUGGACCUGGGGAGCGCGACAGGAGCCGGUGGCAGGACCACGAGCGCGCAAGACGGGGAGCACCCGCGAGGUGGCAGCGCCGGCGCGCCAGGCGCGGAGCACCCGCGCGACCAGCAAGAGGAACUGAUGGCGACCAUCAUGGAACUGCGCAGCGCGGUGACGGACCUCACACAAAUGGCGCGCAUGAUGCCGACGAUGGCUCAGCUGCUCCUGGCUAAGUAUGACUACUCUGCCAGCAAAGCGUCAAAAUCACGACAAGGGGAUGACUUCAAGGCGCAGCUUCAGGCCUUCUACGGCAACACCAUGGACGCGCAACACCAGCUGCGCUGCAUGCUCCUCGAUGUCCAGCUGCCCAUGACGCUGGUCACAGGCGCCCACCUGUUCAAGCACUGCUGGAAGGACGACUUUCCCGUGCUGCUGGGUCUCAACAACAUCAACGACACCCGGAACGGCCUGCUGCUCUUCAAACCGCUGGAGCACGCCUUCGACGACUCGCGCAUAUGCUUCACGAGUGUGCAGGAGGCCGGAGAGAUCCAGUUCAAGCUGAAGCUGCUGGACUCUGGGCUGGAGGAGGUUAAGGUGUGGGAUUACGCGGCGGAGCACAAGCUGCACAAGGGCUACGACGCGAGCCAGAUUAACGGUUACGCUACCACAGUCACCUUCGGCGAGCUGCAGGGCAAGUCGCUAGCCUUUGCCAACGCCAACCGACCGUUCAAGCGGUGCCUGCGCUUUCAGAGCAUUCGAGCGAUGCGGCGGGCGGAGGCGAACAACUGGCUGCCGAAGGGUGGGAGCAGCACGCAGGACCUGUUCUGCAACUCGGAAGAAGCCAAGCAGCUGGACGCAUGGCUCACCCUGGCGGCGCAGGCGCCUCCGCCUCCGGAUGCUGAUGACGACACCAGUUCGAGUGACUAACCAGCAAUGAUAUGAGUGGCAGUAGCAGUAUGCACUGUUGGCACUGGGCACGCCUACGGUGGUCCGCAUGUCUGCAAACACGUUCUCCAUACGGUUGGCUCGGACAUAUCAACGACCUUUCAAUGACCUUCUAAGUUUUGGGGAGUACUUGCAUGAGUUAUGUAGCGUUUGUGGGGUGUGUGCGGCCUGUGUGUUCCGGCCACAUGUGCCGUGUGUGCGUGGACGCAGAGCAGCAUUGCGCAAUGUACACGACACUGGUUGUUUUAAACGUUCCUAGUAAAGGGAGGCCAUCCACAACGGGCUGUAUUAUGCCAGGUGUAGAAGGUGAGAAAGGGAAGCGGCAUUCCAAGCGGGAGCCUUCGGGCGGGUAGACCACGUGCGUGGACCUGGAUCAGGGCUGGGGGCCUUGGCUGGGUUUGUGGACAUAGUGGAGGCGGGCGUAUUCUUUUAUAUUUGUUGCCUGUGUGCGUGUAGUGCGUGCAACGGCACCAAUGCCCGCCGUCAGACAGUCGCCUGUCCUUGCUGGUGCCUGCAAGUUAUUGAACGUGGUAAUGGAUUCUUGGUGGGGAGAGUGAGGGGUGCUUCAGGGGCUACGUGCGGCGGUCUUUGAGAGCAUUUUUCGCCGGCGUGGUCUUCGGUGGGUGCCAGCUUAUCUUCCAGGUAGUAGGGUAAGGCGUUCAGAACCGUGAGCAGCGAUGUCUGGGGGCUUGGCGCGGGGUUCCAAUUACCUUUCCUCUCUUUUGUGCCUUGGUCAGCUGAGGUCCUAUGCGUUUGUGCGUCGGUAGAAUGGUGGCAGCAGGCAGGCAUGUGCUUUCUCUUUCAGCGGUUCAAGAGCAGAUGCGCGUGAGCAGCCGUGGGCUUGGAUUGUCAAGCAAGGCGCUGGUUCAGGAGAGCGCCUCGCCAGUCCUAGACACUGGUAGGCUGGUGCGCCCCCGCCGUUACAGCUGUACAGCUGUUACAGCUGUAACGAAGCAACCCGCGUGGCUUAUCAUGAUUGGGUCUGGGCCGGCGGAGGCCUUCCCCCAGCUGUAACGUGAGAGCACC